CUGCAGAUCAGAGCACAACGGCGAGAGAUUAACACUGUUCACAAGCCCCGAGACGUGAGGAAGAUGGAAGAGGACCAUGAAUGCGUUCGUGCAAGGGACGGAAAGCUGAUUUAGGAAUGCUCAGCACCGGCUUCUUGCUCUAGGAGUGCCUCAGGAACUCUGCUGCGGGAAUUUUGGGAUGGAUAUUGGGAUGGAUAUUGGGAUUGCUGAACACUUCAUUUCACGCUGAAGCUGGUGAAAAACGGUUUCAGAGAGGCUGAAAGUAAAGGUUUCUCAGUGAUUACUCGGCAGGCACGUCUUCUUGGCAUCAUCGAUCUUCCAGGACGCAUUGUGAAGAAAGGAUGCUGCAGGAGACCAGUGUGAGAAUAAGCCCAACCUGAUCUCUCCAUCCGCCCAGUCCUCCACAAUCCCAGAAUGCUCUGCCCCUGCCGAGGGAAGCUGAAGUUGCUGGUGGUGUCUCUGAGUUUCGUCAUCCUGUUCACCUGGCUUUACCUGCUCGUGGGGAACUCGGAAAACGGGCGUUCCCUGCUCCUCUCCGCAUGCUUGGUGGAGUCCACAGAAGCACGGCUGCUGGAACGGGAUGUCCUGGCUUCGCGGGUUCGAGAGGUGGAGGAAGAGAACCGGCAGAUCCGACUCCAGCUGAGCCAAUCGCAGGGCCUGGCCGCCCAGCCUGCCGAGGGUAACUAUGGCAACCAGCAGUGGGUGGCAUCGGCAGACACCGGUCCAGAGGACGUGGAGAACACAGCAGAGGAACGGGCCAAUCACAGCGAGUGUUCUCGCUCGCCCACCGCCGAGAAGUGUGAGCUGAUUCACGUGGCAUGUGUAUGUGCGGGUCACAACGCCAGUCGGGACGUGGUCACUCUGGUCAAAUCCAUCCUGUUCCACAGGAGAAACCCACUGCACUUUCAUUUCAUCACUGACACAGUGGCCAAUCAGAUCCUCAGCACUCUGUUCCAGUCAUGGAUGGUACCGUCCGUACAAGUCAGCUUCUAUGACGCCGAUGAACUCAAAUCAGAGGUGUCGUGGAUACCAAACAAACACUAUUCAGGAAUUUAUGGCCUGAUGAAGCUCACUCUCACCAAAGCUCUGCCAUCCAACCUUUCCAAGGUCAUCGUCCUCGAUACAGACAUCACCUUCGCCACUGACAUCGCCGAGCUGUGGGCCAUCUUCCGGAAGUUCACAGAGAAACAGGUGAUUGGUCUGGUGGAGAAUCAGAGUGAUUGGUACCUCGGUAAUCUGUGGAAAAAUCACAAACCUUGGCCAGCCCUCGGACGGGGGUUUAACACAGGUGUGAUUUUACUCUACCUUGAGAGACUGCGCAGGAUUGGCUGGGAACAGAUGUGGAGACUGACGGCCGAGAGAGAGCUAAUGAGCAUGCUUUCAACAUCCCUGGCAGACCAGGAUAUAUUCAACGCAUUCAUAAAGCAGAACCCGGUUCUGGUGCAUCAGCUUCCGUGCUUCUGGAACGUGCAGUUAUCGGAUCACACUCGCUCUGAACAGUGCUACACUGAGGUGUCGGAUCUAAAGGUCAUUCACUGGAACUCUCCUAAAAAGCUGAGGGUAAAAAACAAACAUGUGGAAUUUUUCCGUAAUCUUUACUUGACAUUCCUGGAGUACGAUGGGAAUCUUCUCCGACGAGAACUCUUCGGCUGUCCUAGUCAAGCCAGCUCAGAGAGCACAGUGCUUCAGCAAGCACUAGAGGAGCUGGAUGAGGACGACCAGUGCUAUGAUUUUCGGAGGGAGCGAAUCAUGGUGCACAGGGUGCAUCUGUACUUCCUGCAGUAUGAAUACACACCUACAGAUGAUGGCACGGACAUCACGCUGGUCGCACAGCUCUCUAUGGACAGACUGCAGAUGCUGGAGGCGAUCUGUAAACACUGGGAAGGCCCCAUUAGUUUGGCCCUCUACAUGUCUGAUGCCGAGGCUCAGCAGUUCCUGCGCUACGCUCAGGCCUCUGAAGUCCUCAAAAACCGCAAGAACGUGGGCUAUCACAUCGUUUAUAAGGAGGGUCAGUUCUACCCUGUCAAUCUGGUACGCAAUGUGGCGCUCCACAAUGUCAACACACCCUACGUUUUUCUGACUGACGUAGAUUUCCUGCCUAUGUACGGCCUCUACGAUUACCUCAGAAAAAGCAUAGUCCAACUGGACAUGGCCAAUACCAAGAAGGCUCUGGUUGUGCCGGCCUUUGAGACUUUGAGAUAUCGGCUUUCCUUCCCUAAAUCCAAGGCUGAGCUGCUGUCUAUGCUGGACAUGGGGACUCUCUACACCUUCAGGUAUCAUGUCUGGACAAAGGGUCACGCUCCAACCAAUUACGCCAAAUGGAGGACAGCCACAACGCCAUACAAGGUGGAAUGGGAGGCAGACUUUGAACCGUACGUCGUCGUGCGACGAGACUGUCCUGAGUACGACCAGAGAUUCGUUGGCUUUGGCUGGAACAAAGUAUCCCAUAUCAUGGAGCUUGAUGCUCAGGAGUAUGAUCUUAUCGUGUUACCAAAUGCCUUCAUGAUCCACAUGCCCCACGCGCCCAGCUUUGACAUCUCAAAGUUUCGCUCCAGUCCAAGUUACCGCUACUGCUUGACAACUCUGAAGGACGAGUUCCACCAAGACCUUUCUCGAAAGUACGGAUCUGCCGCCCUCAAGUACCUCACAGCACAGAGGAACAUCUGAAAGCUGUUUCAAAUGAACUUUAGCACACAGGAGAAUGGCUUUGUCUAGUCGUUUGAGGCUCAACAGCCAACAUGCUGCUCUGCUACGUGUUACGGUGUGAAGAGGUACGAAGCUGCCCUGCUAAAAUCAGAGCUUUAAUCUUCUUUUUGAUAAGUCAUACAGCGGAGAACUGUGAAAACCAAUGACAUCAGCACCACAACCAUCUCAGACUGGUGGCGAAAACAUCGACCAAACAUUUCAACUGCUAAAAAGCGCAAAAGGACACCGGCAUACGUUUGUGACGACUCACUUUCUUAUAGUCUAAAAUGACCUUGACCUUUUUUGACAAUCAGGGCUUUUUCUUCACUAAAGAUCCCCGGCUAGUGAUUCAUCAUGGCGCUACGCAGCUUUGGACCUGGAUCAAAUCGAUGAUGCCGAAGAGGACGAGAAAUGAAUGAGCUUUCCAAAGACUCUUCUGCUGGACUGAAGUGUGAGGAGGCCAUCAAGACAAGAGGGACAUUUAAGCCUUAUAAUUUCCUUGUUAUUUAAAAUAUUUAAAAGUAUUUUUUUUUUUUGUACGAAGACAAAACGGUUCGUGAACGACGACCUAUGUCAGCCUAUGUAUGUUUUUCAAUGUAAAAAAAAAAAGAAAUCAUUAUUUUUUAAUUUAGAAACACUGAUUUGCUUGUAGCGAAAGAGGCUUGAAUGCUUGAUAAGGGGAGCGAGGGAGUAUUCUGUGUGGUUCGAGAAAUGAUCAGAGCGUUAUAACUGCUGCAUUUAUAACACACGGCUUAAACAUCCAGUGUCAUAGUGUAUGCCAGGACACUUUCUUGCUCUGAGCUCACAUCACGUUCUUCACUUUUAAAAGUUUGCACUACAUACUGUUACUCAAAAAUGACAUUAUCAACUAUGAUUAUAUGAUAAAUGAUUAUAUGUGUACAUUUGCAUUGAGAUCCACUUAAGGGACCAUGAAAAAAAACGAGCAUCCACGUUUCUAAAGGACUAAAUAUUUGUCGUCAGUGAUAUAAAACACGUCCUGUCAUUGAAAGCGAUAUUUAUUGUGUGAAAUGUCAGUCACGUUCUGGUCAGUAAUAAUCCAAUUCAACAUCAGUCACUCAAGUUUUAGAGAACAAAAAAUAACAUUGGAAACCUGACAAGAAAGUUUGUAUGAUCUAUUGUACCAGUGGCUGCUGUCGCAAUGUUGUGUUCCAUCUUUAUAAAGUAACGCUCCUCCAGGUCAUAUUGAGUUCACCCCAUGCCCUUCCGCUCCAUCGGACUGCAGAUUUACGGUAAAUACCCGUGCCUUUGCUGUGUUGCGAAAACUGGAUAAUGAUUGUACUACUGUACGCAUCAGCGGGGCCUGCAAGAAAACAGGUACUCUAUUUAUUAUUGUUGACUUAAAUCAAUCAUAUUUUUCUAUGUAGGGGACAAAGUGCUUUAAAUAAAUUCUCCCUGUUUCUAUAGUU